AUGGGUAACUUGGUUCCUCAAGACUCAUCAGCCGCGAUGAAACGGCUUAAAGUCUCCAAACCGCCCGUGGAGAGGAUUCUCGUCACGGGCAAGAAAAAUUGUCGAUAUAAGCGGGUGACAGGCUGUCAUCGACUGCCGUACGACAAAGGACGCGCAGAGCGACGAGUUGGCAGGGCGACAUGGGGUUUUGGACCCUCACCUGGGCCAGGCCCAAUUGGAGAGAAUGAAAAAUGCGCCCCUUUUGCAGCCAACACAGUGACUCAAAAACACGCAUGGUCCAAGCCAUAUCUAUAUCCACAUAUUCUGCUCUCGCUGAGGCUUCAAAGGAGCUCUCGCCGCGAUGAAAAGGGACAACAUAUUUCAUAUGGGUGUGUGGCUUUGGGUGCAGUCGGCAGAACCCGCAUGGUCAUGUGCUCUCCUUCCGAAUCCAUCCUGACACGCCAUAAGAGAAAAGUUCAUGAACAAGAUAGAAGAAACAGCGGCAGUAACAGAACAACUCAAUGGCAGGGGUACUAG